AGUUUUUAAUUUUGCUACUUUGGCAACUUGGCAAGUGGCAACUUGAAAGCUGGCCUAUUUAAAGUAGAUGAAGUUUUGUUAGUAGUUACUGUGACGACGAGCGCAUUGAAGCGAGACAGCCUUUCACCUGUAAAAUACGGCUCAAGCUUCACCUCUCUGUGAUCAACAAGUAUGAAGGUGUCCGCAGCAGCAAUAUGGAUGUGGUGGUGCAUUAUGAUAGUAAUGGUUAUUAUGCCAUCACUGGCCAUACUAUAUGAUGAAUGCGAUCAACAACUAGGCUACAACACUGUGUCAUGGGACCUUUCCCUUCCUGAUCCUGUCAAAUGUUAUCCGAAAUUCUUGACGAGACUGCGAAAUCAAGUGGAAGCUCCGAUCAGGAUCUGCGGCUUACCAUCCACGCGACGUGCUCCGUUAGAAGGCCAAGAAUAUAUAACAGUGGACCUAAAGAUUAGCAACAGAAAUUGGGUGACCAUAGGAAUAGAUGUCAUAGAUUUGUAUGUAUGGGGUUAUCAAGACAAGUUUAACGGGAUACUUCGGUCCACUUUCGUUAAUGACGUUCCCCAGGCUGCAAGGAACACCCUUUUCCAAGAUGCGGCAAUUAGAAGAACAACUAAUUUUGCAGGCAACUACGACAGUCUUGAGCCAUACGCUCGAACAGAUAGAACAAGGCUUGAAUUAGGUGUUGAUAAGCUACAGGGCGCAAUCAGAAGUGUCUAUGGAAAACCAGAAACUGAACUCAACAACGCGGCGGAGGCCAAGUUUUUCCUUAUUGUCAUCCAAAUGGUUGCGGAGGCAUCACGAUUUAAAUUCAUGGAGAACGCGAUAGUAUGGAAAGAUAAUUCAGAUGACACCAAACUCAAAAUGAAGGCCUUCCAAAAUGACUGGGCUAAAAUAUCUAAAGCAUUCUAUAGUGCAUCAACCUACACUAGAUGCACCACUAUUAAUCCACCUAUUGAAGUUGGUAACGUUGAGUACAAACAGAUGGUGUACAAUGUUAACGACAUAAAAGAGGACAUUGGCCUCCUCAAGUAUGUGGUUGUUCCUACUCCACGAAACUCUAAUAUGGCUGAUAAUAUUGAUGUUGGUCUUGCAGUUUUGGAAUCUGCAGUUAUGUGAUCAAUCAUCAAUCUCAGAGACAUACAUGUAUGAUGCAUCUCUAGUUCUGUACUACUUUUAUCUGCCACUAUUCUACUUAAUAAAAACUUCAUUGGUUAA